GGACUGGGCUGCCAGUGGAGAUGAGGGAGGCACCGUCCUUUCAACUGACAGUCCCCUGAAGCCUUUGCCUAUUUAACGAUGGGGGUGGUGGUCCUAAUGGCAGCCCCCUUGUUAGCCAUAGGAUUAGCAACAGGACCAUAGAACUUUCCUUUGGGCACCUUCCGCCUGCAGGCAAUCCUGCUCUGCCUCUUCUUCCUUCCCUAUAAUAACGGCUGGCCACAAGGACUUAAGCCAUGGAGCACCUGCUCAGGGGGAGCUUCUUCCAGGAUGGAUGUGAACCUCUGCAGUUGUCACCCUACCAGUGGUGGAUUUCAAAAAUUUGUACUACCGGUUCUCUGGGUGUGGCUUGGUGGGCGUGGCUUGACUUACUGCAAAAUUCCCAUUUCCUCCCUAUCAGCUGGGACUUGGGAGGCAGAGAAUUGAUGGGGGCGGGGCCAGUCAGAAUUUUUACUACCGGUUCUCCGAACUACUCAAAAUAUCCGCUACCAGUUCUCCAGAACUGGUCAGAACCUGCUGAAACCCACCUCUGCACCCUACCCACCUCCCAGGAGCUCUGCAGCUCAAACCCUGGUAGGCGAAAAGGCCCAACAGCGGCUGCUGUGUCUACGCCAGGACUCUGGGAGGGGCGCAGGACAGUAAAUAGCUGGUGCGCCUGGAGUCUGGAGCUCAUGGACACCUAGCAGCUCCCCAACCACGGGCUCCCCAAGCACCUCACCCAAGGCUUCCCUGCGUUUCUCAUCAAAAUAAGUAAAGAUGGUUGCCAUCUUGCUCUGAAUCAGACCUAGUUUUCCCUGACCUCAGUUUCCCCUCCGUGUUCCACUUUGGCUGAGAGUGGCAUAACAAGGCGUUAGAGGGUGAUGGAAUCUUUUCAUUUGGAAGUGACACCAUCUCUUGCUUUCUCUAGAUCUGUGACUGUGUGUCUGUGUCUCUCUGUGUGUGUGUGUGUGAGAGAGAGAGAGAGAGAGAGGAUGUGAAUGUGGGGAAAAGCGGCAAGCAGCCUGCAUUCCUCCAGGCCUGCCAGAGUGUGCUGGCCCUCUGGCUCAGAUACGCAAAAGGCAUUUUGGGAGCCGAUGAACUGUUGGAGAAUCAGCAUAAUUAUUGCUAGAUGAUGUGGCUGUUCCAGCAUAAAAACCACCAGGAGGGGAUUGCCUGCCCUUGUCUCUGUUCUGUGCCGGCUCUUGCCUUUUUUUUCUCAAGGUCACUUGUCUGUCCCCCCGACUGCCAUUCCUCUGGCUUCAGCACCCUUGAUGUAACUGGGUGCAAGCAAAUUUGGGUUAACCCUCCCCCCCAUUUCUUUUUCCGUCCUGUUGUUGAGUGUGAGCUGCUGCCACACACUUCGUUUGCUUUUGCUGUAGCUUUAGUGCUAGUGCUGGUCGUUCUCAAAGCAAGGCAGGAAGUCAUUUAUGGGUUGAAAACAAGGCGGCGAUGUCUAAAGUUUGGAGAGCAGGUGGGUUACGGCAAGGUUUGUGUGUGUGUACCAGCCUUGAAGUCAGUGUGGACACCUGGCGGCUGCUGGACAGGUCCCUGCAGUUUUCUGGGCAAGAUUUUAGAAGCAGUUUGCCAUUGCCUCCUUCCUGGGACAGAGAGAAUGACUGGCCCAAAGGCACCCAGCUGGCGUCUUACCUAAAGUGGGACUGGAACUCAGUGUCUCUAUUUUCUAGCCUGAUGCUUUAACCACCAUGUGAGCUGGCUCUGUGGGCCUGCCUCUUGUGACAGUGCCUGCUACUCUUAACUGGAGAUCAGCUGCUAAGCAGGAGGGUCGGCUGUGUGUGUGUGUGUGUGUGUGUGUAUCUCCUUCCCCAAAGCUGCAUCCGGCCAGGGGAGGUCAGCAGGCUCCGUGGGCUAUCGGCCUGUGCAUCGGCAGGCAAGAUACACCCAUGGAGGGCUAAAAUAAGUCAGCCACAGUGGGAAAGGCCGGCAUAUUGGCAAGUUGGUAGCAGACAUGGAACAGAGAGAGUCCAUUGCCAUUUUGGCAAAUCAUGCUAAGUCAGAAGUGGGUCCGAUAUGCCUUGCUUUGAGAGAGGGUGCUCAGUGGGGGGUACCGUGGGGCGCACGUCUCUGCUAUGGUGGGUGCGUGCAUGGGGGUCCGUGCCCAUCUGCGUGGGCAGCUCUAGAAAGGUGUGAACUUCUGCAUGUCAAGGUGACCCUGCACCCGGCUCCUGUGUGUCAGGCAAAGAGCCAGCCCUGCGUGCAGGAUCUUCUCUUGCUUUACAUGAUUGAUUUCCCCCAAGCUCUCCACUCCGAAGCACCCGGCACUUGGCUCAGCACUCCUGAAGCCCCCCGAGUGGCUGCCUGCCUGUCUCUUUUGCUCCCGGUGUCUUUGGCACCAUGUUGGGAGCAGCGGGCUGCCAUCUUCUCCAAGGCCUGCUGGAGUCCCAGUGUCCUUUGUACGCUGCUUCAUUCUCUCUUCUCCUUUGUCACUUUAUUGAUCCUGUAGCCUGCUGAAGACUUGGGUUGGAUGCCGCAACUGGGGUGCUGUUUUUGCUCCUGAGCAAGGUCACCAAAUGGAGGUAUUUCUCUUGGCAGGACCACCUCGGUCUUCCCCUGGGGGCCGUGCCAGGUCGCCGGGUGAGCGUAACCUUGUUUCAGGAAGGACUAUGCAAAAGAGGGUAUCCGUGCUGCUUUGCCUGCCUCUGCCUCUGGGGCCCUCCCGCUCCUUGGGACUUUCUGGCCCUGCUUCGUUCCCCCCUGACCUCUCCUCGCUUCCCAGCCAACUGACUCAAACAAAGAAGAAAGGGUCUCUCUUUUCCUCCCUCCCUCCCGCCUUCCUUCCCUCCCUCCCAGCUUCAUUCGCCUCUUUCCUUGUGAAAACGUCACGGCUUGUCUGGCUAUAGAUGGUGCUGUGGAGCCCAAGAGAACCCUUUCCGUCCAUGCCCAGGCGAGAGAAAGCAGGAGGAGGAGGAAGGAAAGCAGGAGGAGCAGGGGAGGGGGUUUCUGGGGGUCCCUCUGCCUGCAGAGAUGUGUGGGCAUCGCAGGGGCAAAUUCUGCCUCCAGGUCAUAGGAACUUCCUUGUGCUUUCCUUAAGGAGGGGGUUCCAGGAGGGGAACCAGCAACCGCUGCAGCCUGAGAAGGUGGGCUGGGUCCGAAAAUUCUGUGGGAAAGGCAUUUUUCGGGAGAUUUGGAAAAAUCGGUUUGUGGUGCUGAAGGGUGACCAACUUUACAUCUCGGAGAAGGAGCUCCGAGAUGAGAAAAACACCCAGGAGGUGUUUGACUUGAACGAUUACGAGAAGUGUGAGGAGCUCAGGAAGUCCAAAAGCAGAAGCAAAAAAAACUAUAGCAAGUUCUCCCUUGCCCACUCCAAGGAGCCUGGCAACACAGCACCCAAUCUCGUCUUCCUGGCCGUGAGCCCCGAAGAAAAGGAGUCUUGGAUCAAUGUGCUCAACUCUGCCAUAAUCCGGGCCAAAAACCGCAUCUUGGAUGAGGUGACAGUGGAGGAGGAGAGUUUUCUCGCCCAUCCCACUCGUAACAGAGCGAAGAUCCAGCACUCCAGGCGGCCUCCGACCAGAGGCCACUUGAUGGCUGUGGCAUCUACCUCAACCUCUGAUGGGAUGCUGACCCUGGACUUGAUCCAGGAGGAAGAGGCCUCCCCAGAAGAUCACGACACCUGUGAGAAGAGUUUCCGGGUGGACCUGGACAAAUCAGUCACCCAUUUCUCCCCUGGCCGAAGGCGCUCAGAUUCAGAGAAGGUCAAGGACUCGGAGAAGACAAACAGCCUCCCGCGGAGGAAGAACAUGUCUGGGGAGAAGUUCUCAGUUCACAGGGAGGCCUUUGGCAAAGGGACCAUGUACACCCCUCAGGUCCCCAAGAAGCUCUCUCACUUGGAGAAGAACAAAUGUGCCUCUAUGGAAGAAAUCCUCUCCUGCUGGGACUCCUCCUCAGCCAGCCAGGCGUCGCUGAGGAUCAGCCUCAAGGACCGAACGGCUUCCCCUGAGCCUGAGCAGCUGGCCAGGAUACAGGAGCUGGUGGCAUUGCAGCUGGAGAAGACGCAGGGCCUGCUGACAGAAGCGAGAGGCUAUGGGGGAGAGGUGCGAAAGGCACAGGAGUUUGGCUUCGCCUUGGCUGCUGCCCCCGCCUGUGCCCCGUCCUCACCCAAACUGGACUCAGCGGCCACCUUGCAGGAGAUCCAGAGGCUGCUGGGCGAGGCCUCCUCCAGCUGGAGCCAAGCCCAGAAAGUGCUGCAGGAGGUGCGAGAACUGAGGAGCCUCUAUCAACAGCUGCGGCUCUCGAGACCUGCGCCCCCACAGAGUCUGCUGCUGCCUCAGUACAGGAGGAGCCUGAUGUGAAGGCAAGCAGUGGGCCAAUCUCAAGGGAAAACAGGGCACAGAAGUUGGGGAGCGGAUGUGCUGUUGGAAUUUAUAGCAUUUCAUGCUUACUGGGUUCCGGCUGUUCCUCGACCCUUACUCCUCACCAACUCAGUUUUUUCCUCACUUCCCCCACAUUUAUAUGUCGCCCGUUCCUCUCUUCCAACUUCAAGGCAGCCCAUUUCAAUAUAUCCAUUGUGUCUGUAGCCCCCAAAGUGCAGCAACUUAGAGGCAGCCAUUGGAAUGUAAUUUUUCAGAAGCAGCAUGGUUCUGUUUUGGCCCCCAUGGUUUUCUCAGUGAAUCCCUUUUCAAGAAAGAUCUCUGGUUUCCUUCCGCAAAAAUGCCCCUUGGGUGCGCCACCCUCCCAAAUGCUAGGAGACAUGGGUUGCACCUCAGGCGCCAGGCGGACGUGGCCUCCCGGGCAGGGUCCCUCCUGUGCCCCCCUGGAUCCUCUGUGGCUGCUCUGCCAUUCGGAGGGGCUAUUUCCCUGCUUGGGUCCAAGUCCAGAUUCCGGUGCAAAGGCAACUUUGCCACCUGAAAUAAUGCAGGAGACUAUUUUCCAAACACGAUGCAGUCCCAGAAGCCCCCGCGACCAAAAACCGGGUGACCCAGUUUUGCUGAGCUCCAGACUGAGGUCCUUGAGUGGAACCGGGGAAUCCCAGGCAGUUCUGGUCCAUGGGCUUAAAGUUUAGGUACCUCAUAACCUGGUUCCCCUGAAGUCCUUGGUAGGUCUUCCAUGUCCUUAUUCCAUGUGAUUUUGCUCCCUCUCCCCCUGUCGCUUUCCUCGGCCCUCCUGGCCUUCAGACGUAGCUCAUGAGCAGCAACAGAAAGUGUGGCAAGCAUCGUGCGGUUUUGCUUGUCGGCAGAACGUGUGACACCAGGUCAUCUUCAGGGGUGUGCAUCUUAUCUUUUCAGUGCAAUAGGAGAAGAGUAGCCAGUAGCAUUCCAUGGCCACCCAUGCCAAUCCAUUGCUCCUUUGGGAGAGGUCCUUGAUUUCUUUAGCUCAGGACUGGCCCCGCACACUCUGCUGCCUGUGUGAAAGUUCAGAGGGCAUCUCGUCCCCUUGAGCUGAGUCUCAUUUCUGUUUUGGUGACAGGAGCAUGUCUUCUGUGGCAUCAGAAGAGAUGGCUCCGGUGUUCUGUAUACUCCACCAGCCACCGCCUUGCCCCAUCGGCCCCAUUGACCAGUAAGCCCAGUCCUCUUUCGUUUCCUUUUUCCAUCACUGAUACUGAAGCACAGCAGACACUGUGUUGGACAGGAGGAUCUCAAGAGGAAGCAUCUGCUGAAUCUGGCCAUUACUCUCUGUUUACUUGCAAAACUGCUCGCCUGUGGAGAAUUUAUUGGUGGUUGAAAGGGCUCUCUGGUUAAAGUCAGAGCCAUCGGUUCACUCGUGCCUCCUGCUCUUCCUGUGUUCAGAGAACUACAGAGAGGAGGAUUGAGGUCCAUAGGAUUUGUCCAGCCAGCAAGAUCUCACAGUAGAAAGUGCUUCCCCUUGAGAGAGUCAACCCCCGCCCCCCCCCCCGCUCACCCUUCUGUGGUCAUCGCUCACUGCUUGAGACGGUAGAAGUUCCCCUUGUGAUCCCCUCUCUAUGGCCUCUGUCCUCCUCGUGCUGAUUCAGCCGAGAGUCGGGAAGUGAAGACUCGGCACAGGUUGCAACUCAGGUACCUUCAUGUCCUGGCAGAUGAUCCCCGCUCUGCUAAGCAAAACUACUUGGCUCCCCGACUGGUGGAACAGGCGAAGAAGAGUCCUCCCAUUCUUGGUGUUUCCACGGGUGGCACUUUCUGCUCAGGCUUAAGACAGAGAGAGUGAUGCCCAUGUGAGUCUUCCAGAAUCAUCCCUCGAGAAAGAGGAUUGGAAAUGGAUGCUUCUUUUUGUUACCUCUGCCCCACAACAGGACUUUCCAAUUGGCCUCAGGUGCCCUCCUUUCCCCUUUUUAAGGGAAAUUGAAAAAUGUAUUCGUCCUUCUCUUCCUUUUUCCAAACUUACAACAGCCUUUUAGGGUGGAAGUUACCUUUGUGUUCGUUUUACAUCCCCCUGAGUUUCCUUAGGGAGUAACCACAUUCAGAAGUCAGAUUCACAUCCUGAUUCUGUAACAGGUAAAAGGCAAGUGCACCAAGUCAAGAUUAGCAUGCAGCUCAAUAGAAUUAAAAAGGGACAAGAAACUUGUAAACUGGUUAGGUUUAGGGCAAUAGAGAAAUAUGGAAAUAAAUAAUUAGCCCCACUAAAGAGAAGUUUCCCCUUGCCCGCUGGGUAAGGGUUGAGACCACAAAUAACCAUAACAAAACCAAUGGAAGUGAUCCUUACAGCAUUUUUUCCUGAAAGAAGCGGAACCAUUACCAUGUACAAAGAAAUGGUGAAGGGCUCACUAACUGCAUGUCCACAUUUUUCAGGAGAUGAGAGGGAAGAGCAAUUGAAGUGCUGGGUGAAUCCCUAUAGGAACUUUUGCUUAGAAUUGAUUGAUUUGACUGAUUCCAUCUGCUUUUAUGCUGCUUCAGUCAAGCAAAUCUAAGUGGCUUAAAAAGCUAAAAGACAAUAGUCCAUUCAGCCAUUAACAAAUACAUAGUUCAGACUAUAAGCUUAUAAGUGAUACAGGAGUGAAAUAUUAUUCAUCAGGGAACAGAGCAUGCAAAUGCAUAAAAAUGACAGUGAUAAAAGAAGAAGCACUAAUUAGGAGGUUGCAAGGAAUUUAACACAUCUCUGUAAGGCGGUAUUUCACAUGGGUGCAAGCAACUGUUCUGUGCUGCAGCGUGUGGGAUAAUGUUUUUGGCAUGUUAGAGAUGGAAGUUGGUAUUAUAGCAAUAUUUAUUUUAGAGUGUGUUUCCAUUGUUCCAAAGUAAAUAACGCCAAGGGCUGCCUGUAGGUUUUCUUGAAGGACUGUUAUUGAAGGCUGGGUCCUGGGUCCUGAAGGAUUUUUUUUUUUUUUUGAAGGACUGCAUAUGGACACCACAGUUGAUGUGUAUUUGUGUUAUAGGGCACUCGGCAUAUUCCGUUCCCUUCAGAUACAUAGGGUUGACCCACUUCACCAUUUUGAAUUUCCAGGGCAUUUUAUCUGCUGCUCGUAACCAGGUGAGACUUUGUGCUGAGCGCUCCCCGUUCAGGGUAGAAGCUCCCCUUCCGAUGCGCCAGGUGAGAACAGGCCUUGCUCCCUUGCAGCUUCCCCUUGGCGACAGCUGUUGUUGCUCUGAGCCAGGAGGUUGGAUCCAGGGGGGCCCUGGUGCUCUGGAAAGAGGGAGAGUGCGGGGGACGCUUCAGUUCCUUUUAGCUGCGUGCCUGAAAGCCAGGACAGGGUUUACUCUAGAAACAGCUUUUGGUUCUUUUCUCCAGGUCUGAGCUGACUUGGAAAUGGCUCCCUUUUAAAAAGGUUUGGCUUCCCCUCUCCUCCUCAGGGGUUUUUCCUCCCACACAUAGAUUAGCUAACCUCAGUACGGAGUGAGACACUUCUUUUCUUUGCGCACACCCUCACACAGUUUCAGAGAAUUCAGGGCUAGGCUUGAAUGGAUUUUGUGCAUCUAUUCUCAAAGCCUCAGGCUUCAUUUCUGGGGAAGACCAACCUGAAGUGCAAGUAUCUGGAAACUGCUAGAUGGCAGCAGAGAGAGAUGGGAAAUUAGCUUCUUGCUGCCAUCUUGUGCUGGUCUGGAUUAUGGCAGCCCUAAUUUGCUACCUUGAUUAUGUUGCUGCUUGUAAGUAAUUUUCUUUCGUUUCCUUUUACUUGGGGAUUUGUUAUGUGACCAUAUGGAAAAAACAAGUUCUAGAUUCCAGCUACAUUUUGUUCCUCCUAGGGUCCAAGCUAUUAUUAUUGCAUUUUUGGAGGAGUCUCUAUGCAGUAUGUCCUUUGGCUAUUAUUGGCUGGGUAUUGCCAUAAGCUUCUGGGUCCAGAAAAGAGGCCCGAUGAAUCAGUCCCGCAGCUCUCCCAUACAGCUCGGGAGCAACAGACUGCCGCCCUUGAAGCCUUGAAUGGGGGGUGGUGGGGUGAGAGGAGGUGAGGGAGUUGGGGGCAGCAACUUGUGUCCCCUAAGGGGGAAAAGGCUGGCAAAGCAGAGCCAUCCCUUUCCCAGAGAGGAUCUAUGUGGCUGUGGGUGGAUGCAACAACUAUAUAUGUCUCCUGCAAAAAUCAGCAAUGCAUGUGCAGUGGCCCCACCCCCAAUAUGCAAUCCCCGUGCAAAAGCCCACCUGUGCAAUCUGCGUAAAACUGCGUGCACUCUUGGAUUGGGACAAAUAAUUAAAUGUUGCUUCCACCCCCAGAACUGUGAAAUUCUUUGAUGUCUAUCAGUGUCUUGGCAUUUGCUAUUGUAUUUAUACUGAGGCAGAGAGCACAAUUCAAGAGAAAACGCUUUAGUGUCACCUACUUCCUUUCUCCUUCCCCUUCCCCUCCCCUCCCUUCUUAAUUUGUUUCAGAAAUUCUGUGGAUGCUAAGAAGCUAAUUUAUUUUUUAAAGAAAUCUAUGCAAACUGCUUCAUGAAAUCAUUUUCCUCUCUCUCUCUCUCUCUCUCUCUCUCUCUCUCUCUUCCCCCCCCCUCCUGGGCGCCAUAGCUUGCAUGUACAAGGGUCUCCUCUCUGUGUCUGUGGGGAGCUUCCUCUCUUAUAGGGCUGCAGAAGCUGUGGGGACAUUAAUGAACAAGGUUGGCAGAGAACUUUCUUUCUUUGGCUUCUGGAAAUUGGGAUGAUAAUCUGUGUGUAACUAAGGGCCGGUUUCAGGGUUUCUUAAGCAGAGCAGGGGCAUCAGUUCUACUGACAGAUGCCUCCUCUUCCCCCAAGGAGCCCAUGGCUGGAGGUUCAUCCCUUGGCUCGGCCUCUGCCAGCGCAAGGGACCCAUCUCUGGGUCCCUUGCGCUGGCUCCAAGCAUGGCCCUUCUGGUCCGAGUCUCUUCCCCGCAGCUCUGUUGUGGCACAUGGAAGCUCCAUUCUUUGCUGCUGCUGUGAGAAGCUGCCCCGCCUUUGUCCAGCUCCUUUCUUAAUGCCACCCGGCUAGUGGCUGUGACUGAACUUUCUGCCAGUCAGUGCCCUGAGCUAAUUAUGCAUUGCAUGGAAAGGUCAUUCAUUAGUUUUGUUGAAUAACCUCUCAGCCUGUUACUUUUAGCAAGGUUGUUCUCUCUCGGCUAUCCGUGAAGUUGUAUAAGCCUCUAUCGCGUCUCCUCUUUGGAUUUUUCUUUCUUUCUUUCUUUUACUUACCUAAAAGUCAAAACUUCCCUUGAUUUCCUGAGUUGACACUUGUGACAUACUUGCAUUUAGGUUCCGGCUUGGUUUCUUCUCAGCACCGGCCUCGUCCAAGGAAGCCUAACUCUGCACUGAUUUUUAUGUGAAAUCUUUUUUUAAAAAGUCCCACGUGCUGUCUGGGCAGCAUGUUGCUCCAGCUUGCUGCUGUUCUUGUUUACCUGGUUUGAUAUUUAAGGCUGUGCUAAAGAUGAAAAUAAAACCACUGAAUGUUUUUAAACAGUGUAUUUUUAGAUGUCUUGUCAGCUUCACGUUACGGCUAGUUUAAAUUCUCAGGGAAGGUGUGUGUGUGUGUCCUGUGGGGCCUUCAUUUGUUUGGACAGCAGCACAAAUAAUGUCAAAGAAUUAAGCUGAAUAUUAGCAAAUCUGUUUUUCUUCUUAAUUUCUCUUCUUCAGAACGCAGGCAGUGGAUUGUUUUCAGAAGAGUAGGGCAGGGGAUGGUAAGGAUUUUUGAAGUGGAGAAAUCCACCUGAUCUGGUGGAAAUGUUCUGAUAAAAUCCAUGAAUGUGUGUGUAUUUUAAAUUAAAAUUGGCUUUCAACCUGUGCUUUUCUGUCCAAACGGGGUACAGUCCUAAUAAAAAAAGCUACUAGUU